GAAGAAGAAGAAGAAGAAGAAGAAGAAGAACCCCCUCCCCUCCCCCGUAGCAACAUAACGUGGUAGUAUCUUCCAAAAUGGCGUCCAAAUAUUAUCAAGAGAUGCAAGAGAGUUUUAGAAAUAACAACAAAAGUAGGGAAUUCCCUGCGCAUAGCGCUAAAGUUCAUUCAGUAGCAUGGAGUUGCGACGGCAGGAGGUUGGCAUCUGGGUCUUUUGAUAAAACAGCAAGCGUAUUUGUCUUGGAAAAAGACCGUUUGGUGAAGGAGAACAACUACAGAGGCCAUGGAGACAGUGUUGAUCAGUUGUGUUGGCAUCCUACCAACCCAGACGUGUUUGUCACUGCAUCAGGGGACAAGACCAUACGCAUCUGGGACGUCAGAACAACAAAGUGCACGGCUACUGUCAACACUAAAGGGGAAAAUAUCAACAUCUGCUGGAGUCCGGACGGCCAAACGAUAGCCGUUGGGAACAAGGAUGAUGUGGUUACCUUCAUCGAUGUAAAAUCACACCGGUCACGGGCUGAGGAGCAGUUUAAGUUUGAAGUCAACGAGAUCUCAUGGAAUAAUGACAACAACAUGUUCUUUCUCACCAAUGGAAACGGGUGCAUCAACAUCUUGAGUUACCCUGAGUUGAAGCCCAUCCAGUCGAUCAACGCCCACCCCUCCAAUUGCAUCUGCAUCAAGUUUGACCCCACAGGGAAGUACUUUGCUACAGGAAGUGCAGAUGCUCUGGUCAGUUUGUGGACCGUUGAAGAACUGGUCUGUGUUCGCUGUUUCUCCAGGUUGGACUGGCCAGUGAGAACAUUGAGUUUCAGCCAUGAUGGGAAGAUGCUGGCUUCAGCCUCAGAAGACCACUUCAUAGAUAUAGCAGAGGUUGAAACAGGAGAGAAGCUGUGGGAGGUCCAGUGUGAGUCUCCUACGUUCACAGUAGCCUGGCAUCCUAAGAGACCGCUGCUGGCCUACGCAUGUGAUGACAAGGAAGGGAAGUACGACAACAAUAGAGAGUCUGGCACAGUCAAACUGUUUGGAUUACCUAAUGAUUCCUGAGUGGGAUAGCGAGGCAGGCAAUACCUAAUGAUUCCUGAGUGGGAUAGCGAGGCAGGCAAUACCUAAUGAUUCCUGAGUGGGAUCUAACAUGCUGUAUUUUGAUUCACUCUUUAAACCGAGUCUAUACGGAUAAUUGGCCCUACUUUGUGGAGUCAUGUUACCUAUCCCUGUGCUGUAAGACUUCUUCUCUAUAUGUUCAAUACAACAUCCUUGUCUUUUGGUCCAUUAAACAUUGACAGAAGGGAUGCCUGUUUAAAUAGCUAUAUCAUGUAAACUGAUAUUUCUCUUAUGUCGAAUGCUCAACUUUCUUCUACUGUUUUUGUUUCUAGAAAGUGUGCCGUCUUAGAUGUAAAAUGAGCAGAUGCUUACAGAGACUCUGCAAAGGGAAGAGGGUCUAGAGUUGUCUUUAAGGAUUGGGAUAAAACGUGAUUUACUCUCCGUAGUGAGGGGGGAAACACUCUUUACAACCACCAGAUGGCACUGCAUCCUAAUUAUGGAAGAAAAAAAAAUCUGUACAGUUUCUCCAUACAGUUUGCGUUACACACAGUGCAGUACCAUGUUUUUGUUAACUUUAAAUUGAUUUUUUUAUAUAUUAAAAGAACUGUCUUGUUUA